AUGCCGAGCACCAAGCAGGGCCUCUCCUCUCCGGAUACCACACUCCGUCAGGGCUGCAGCAACGGUGGCCACGCAGAAGGGCGGGAGCUGGACCCCCGGACACAACGCCCCUGCCUGCUCCUGCGCUACCCGGAGCCCACGCCCCGCGCCCACCCCAACGGCACGCGGUCCUGCACGCGCGGCUGGCACUACGCGCUGCCCGCCGCCGGCCUGAUGCGCAGCCCGGUCACCCAGUGGAACCUCGUGUGUGAGAACGGCUGGAAGGUGCCAUUGGAGCAGACGAGCCACCUCCUGGGCUGGCUGUUGGGCUGUGUCAUCCUGGGCAUGGGCUGUGACCGGUUUGGCCGCCGGGUUGUGUUUGUGGCCUCCUUGGUGUUGGCCACAGGCCUAGGGGCUGGUGAGGCUUUGGCUGCCAGCUUUCCUGCCCUGCUGGCCCUGCGGCUGCUGCACGGGGGGUCCUUGGCAGGGGCCUCUCUAGCCCUCUACGUGACUCGCCUGGAGCUGUGUGAUCCCCCACACCGCCUGGCGUUCUCUGUGGGGGCCAACCUCUUCUCGGUGGUGGGCACUCUGCUGUUGCCCGGCCUGGCCCUGCUCACACAGGACUGGCGCCUUCUGCAGGGGCUAAGCACCCUGGCAAUAGGACUCCUGCUGCUCUUUUGGGGGUUCCCAGCCCUAUUCCCUGAGUCUCCCUGCUGGCUGCUGGCCACGGGGCAGCUGGCCCAAGCCAGGAAGCUCUUAUGGCAUUUUGCCGAAGCCAGCGGUGUGGACCCUGAGAACAGCUCUGAGGAGGAGAGCUCCCUAGCUACGGGUAACACACUAGAUGUGCUGUCUGCAAGGAGCCCCCAGCCCCGGUGCCACAGCAUCCUGGAGCUUCGGCAUACCAGCAUCACCUGGAGGAACGGACUCAUCCUGGGCUUCAGUUCGUUGGUCGGUGGGGGCAUGAGAGCCAGCUUCUUCCUAAGGCUGGCCGCUCGUGAGCAGGAAUUCUACGGACCCUAUUUCCUGGGGGCUGGCCUAGAGGUGGCUGCCACCAUCUUCCUGCUCCUGACAGUGGAUCGCUGGGGGCGCCGCCUGGUCCUGCUGCUGGGCACCUUGGUCAUGGGCCUGGCAUCCCUGCUGAUUCUCUCAGGGGUCCAGUACCUGCCAGGCUGGACUGUGCUGUCCCUCUCUGUCCUGGGGCUCCUGGCCUCCCAGGCCGUGUCCACCCUCAGCAGCCUCUUUGCGGCCGAGAUCUUCCCCACAGUGAUCAGGGGAGCAGGGCUGGGCCUUGUGCUGGGUGCCGGAUUCCUGGGCCAGGCAGCCGCCCCCCUCGCUGACAUGCACGGCCGGCGGGGCUUCUUCCUGCUACACGUGGUUUUUGCCUCUUUCGCCAUCCUUGCCCUGUUAUGUGUCCUGCUGCUGCCUGAGAGCCGUGGACGUGGGCUGCCCCAGUCACUGCAGGAUGCUGACCGCCUGCGCCGAUCGCCACUCCUUCGGGGCCGCCCCUGCCAGGACCACCUGCCCCUGCUGCCACCCUCCCACUGCUGGGCCCAGACACAACUGGUCCAGGAAGGGUGA